GGCUGAUUUUGACAUGUAAAUGUCAAAUGAUAUCUGAAUUAAAAUUAAAACAUUAAAAAUAUAGAUAGAAUUUUAAAAAAAACCUUUAAAAUGAAUGAAUUAGAGAAGUUAGAAUAUCUCUCUUUGGUUUCCAAGGUUUGUACAGAAUUAGAUAAUCAUCUCGGAAUGAACGAUAAAGAUUUAGCUGAAUUCAUUAUACAUCUCUCUGAAAAGAACAAUACUUUAGAAACAUUCAAGAAGGCUCUCUUAGAAAAUGGAGCAGAGUUUUCAGACUCAUUUAUUUCUAACUUGCUGCGAAUUAUUCAACACAUGAAGCCAAAAAAGGCUGCCAACAAAGAAGAGGCUCUACAUAUUGAGAAAGAAGGACUAGCGUUUAAAUUUCCCGGUCUGGCAAUACCCAAUGAAGCCCAAAAGCCAUUAUUUUUGGAAGAGAAAGAUGAAAAACCUUUGGAAAAAGAAAAAGUUGAAGAAGUAGAUAUAGUAGCUGAUAUGAUGAAACAGUUUGAAGCCGAUGCUCCUUCUCAAAAGCAAACCACCACCAGAGACAGAUCUAGAAGCGCAAGUGUUGAAAGAAAACCAAAGAAAAGAUCCAGAAGCAGAUCUAGAACAAGAAGAAGGUCUAGAUCAAGGGAAGGAAACUCUAGAAGAGAUAAAACUGAUAAGAGGCAUCGAAGUAGGUCCAGAGAUGACCGUAAAAAACGUAGAAAAGAUAGAAGUAGUUCCAAAACUAGAGAGAGGAGUGGAUCAAGGGAUAGAAGAGAGUCAGGGAGAUCUAGAGAUACAGAUAAAAGGGAAAGAAAUAGAUCGAGAGAUAGGAGAGAUAGAAGUAGAUCAAGAGAUAGGAGAGAUAGAAGUAGAUCAAGAGAUAGGAGAGAUAGAAGUAAGUCUAGAGAUACAGAUAAAAGGGAGAGAAAUAGAUCAAGAGAUAGGAGAGAUAGAAGUAGAUCUAGAGAUAGAGGAAGAAGAGAUGGGAGUAGAUCUAGGACUAACAGAAGGGAAAGAAGUUCUGAGAAGAAAUUUAAAAGUGAAAAAGAUAAUCCUGAAUUUGAAGAAGAUCCUACUCCAGGAAAGAUUUAUAAUGGAAAAGUGUCGAAUAUCGUUCCAUUUGGAUGUUUUGUUCAGUUGGAAGGCUUGAAAAGAAGAUGGGAGGGUCUAGUUCAUAUUUCUCAACUGAGAGCUGAAGGCAGAGUCACAAAUGUUUCAGAAGUAGUCGCUAGAGGGGGCAAAGUAAAGGUAAAAGUAUUGACAAUAACAGGCCAAAAAGUUUCCCUUUCCAUGAAAGAUGUCUGCCAGAUGACAGGAAAAGAUUUGAACCCCCACUCCCAUGCACCUGACGAAAGAGAAGACAAAGACAGAAACCCUGACAGACCGAUGAACAAUAGCACAUCAGUUCUAAGACUGCCGGUCAGCAUAGAUGAAGGUGAAGAGGACUCUAGGAAGCGAGUAACAAGAAUUUCCAGCCCAGAAAGGUGGGAAAUCAAACAGAUGAUCUCAUCUGGAUGUAUAGAUAAAAGUGAGCUGCCUGAAUUUGAUGAAGAAACUGGUUUGCUGCCUAAAGAGGAAGAUGGAGAGGCUGAUAUUGAGAUUGAAUUGGUUGAAGAUGAACCUCCAUUUUUGCAAGGCCACGGUAGAGCCGUCCACGACCUUAGUCCAGUGAGGAUAGUCAAAAAUCCUGAUGGAUCUCUAGCCCAAGCCGCCAUGAUGCAAUCCGCUCUCGCCAAAGAACGCAGGGAACAAAAAAUGAUUCAAAGAGAACAAGAAGUCGAUUCACAACCAUCCGGUAAGAACAAAAAUUGGAUUGAUCCACUUCCCGAAGACGAAACCAGACUGAUGGCGAGGGGAAUAGGCCUGCAAAGCCAGGAUUUGCCCGAGUGGAAAAAGCACGUCAUUGGUGGUAAAAAGUCGUCUUUCGGCAAAAAAACCAAUCUGACGAUAAUCGAACAGCGCCAGUCUCUUCCUAUCUACAAGCUCAAAGAAGAAUUACGAAAAGCCGUUACGGACAAUCAAAUUUUGAUCGUGAUCGGCGAAACGGGUUCUGGUAAGACGACGCAGAUCACUCAGUAUUUGGCUGAAGCCGGUUUCACAGCCAGGGGAAAAAUAGGAUGUACUCAGCCAAGAAGAGUGGCCGCCAUGUCGGUGGCUAAGCGAGUAGCGGAGGAGUUUGGAUGUAGAUUGGGACAGGAAGUUGGAUAUACCAUCAGAUUCGAGGAUUGUACUAGCCCUGAGACGAUGAUCAAGUACAUGACAGAUGGUAUGUUGCUUAGAGAAUGUCUUAUGGACUUAGAUCUCAAAAAUUACUCGGUGAUUAUGUUGGACGAGGCUCACGAACGUACCAUCCACACCGACGUCCUAUUCGGUCUUCUGAAACAAGCUGUCUUGAAACGCGAAGAACUCAAAUUGAUCGUCACCUCGGCAACGCUGGACGCCGUCAAAUUCUCGCAGUACUUCUUCAAGGCGCCGAUAUUCACGAUACCCGGCAGAACGUUUCCGGUCGAAGUUUUGUACACCAAAGAACCGGAAACUGAUUAUUUGGACGCCAGCUUGAUCACCGUGAUGCAGAUACACCUGAGGGAACCGCCCGGCGAUAUUUUACUGUUUUUGACCGGGCAGGAGGAGAUCGAUACAGCCUGCGAGAUUCUGUAUGAAAGAAUGAAGAGUCUAGGUCCCGAUGUACCUGAACUAAUCAUCCUACCCGUGUAUUCCGCGUUACCAUCAGAAAUGCAAACUAGGAUAUUUGAACCGGCACCGCCGGGUAGCCGAAAGGUCGUUAUAGCUACAAAUAUUGCCGAAACGUCUCUAACAAUUGACGGGAUUUAUUAUGUCGUCGAUCCGGGAUUCGUCAAACAGAAAGUUUAUAAUUCCAAAACCGGAAUGGAUUCGCUCGUAGUUACACCCAUUUCGCAGGCGCAAGCGAAACAACGCGCAGGCCGUGCAGGUAGAACCGGUCCUGGAAAAUGCUACAGGCUGUACACCGAAAGGGCGUACCGCGACGAAAUGUUGCCGACGCCGGUGCCCGAAAUCCAACGUACAAAUUUAGCGACGACGGUGCUCCAGCUGAAAACUAUGGGCAUAAACGAUCUGCUUCAUUUCGAUUUCAUGGAUGCUCCGCCUGUAGAAUCUCUAAUAAUGGCGCUGGAACAGUUGCAUUCGUUAUCGGCCCUAGACGAUGAAGGACUGUUGACUAGAUUGGGUAGAAGGAUGGCGGAAUUCCCGCUGGAACCCAAUCUAUCAAAGAUGCUCAUAAUGUCGGUGGCGCUUCAAUGUUCCGACGAAAUUUUGACCAUAGUGAGCAUGCUGUCCGUCCAAAACGUAUUCUACCGGCCGAAAGACAAACAAGCGCUGGCCGAUCAAAAGAAGGCGAAAUUCAAUCAACCGGAAGGCGAUCAUUUGACGCUGUUGGCGGUGUACAACAGUUGGAAGAACAACAAAUUUUCGAACGCUUGGUGUUACGAAAAUUUCGUGCAAAUCAGAACGUUGAAGAGGGCGCAGGAUGUCAGGAAACAGUUGCUCGGUAUCAUGGACAGGCAUAAAUUGGACGUGGUGUCUGCCGAAAGAAAUACCGUCAGGGUGCAGAAGGCUAUUUGUUCAGGUUUCUUUAGGAACGCUGGGAAAAAGGAUCCUCAGGAAGGUUACAGGACUUUGGUGGACAGUCAAGUGGUAUACAUUCAUCCUUCUAGUGCUUUAUUCAAUCGGCAACCUGAAUGGGUGAUUUACCACGAAUUGGUCCAGACGACGAAGGAGUACAUGAGAGAAGUGACGACUAUCGAUCCGAAAUGGCUGGUUGAGUUCGCGCCUGCGUUCUUCAAGUUCUCCGAUCCUACGAAGUUGAGUAAAUUCAAAAAGAAUCAACGCUUGGAGCCUUUGUACAACAAAUACGAAGAGCCCAAUGCGUGGAGGAUAUCGAGAGUCAGGAGGAGAAGGAAUUAAACGUUUUUUGUACGUUUAUAUGUAUUAUUUUGUAUAUAAAAAGGUUUUUUUUUAUAGAAUGU